AAUCGUCUUUUCCGCUUUUUUUUUCCCGGCAGCACAGUUAGCCAUCUUGUUUUCUGUCGUUGUAGGGGGAAAAAAAGCCCCUGAUUGUACAGAACGGGUAGUGAUUUGUAGUAAUUUUAACCCAACGCUUCUGGAAUUGAUAAAUUCUACGUAUCGGUUUUCGUGCUUAUUAACUGAAACGAAUUACAGACAGGGUGGUAUUUGAGAAUUUUUAAUGGAGUAAAACUGCGGGAAAUCGUCAGCUAGCUAGGUUACCUUAUUGAAACCCAGCUGGGCCGUUUCAACAUGGCCAACGCGGUGGCCGGGAAUCAGCAACAACAGCAGGUCGUGGCCAAGCCCGUUGGCUCGGGGAAGCACGGCAAUGUGCUGCCUCUCUGGGGCAACGAGAAGACGAUGAACCUGAAUCCGAUGAUUCUGACCAACAUACUGUCGUCGCCGUAUUUCAAGGUCCAGCUCUAUGAGCUGAAAACGUACCACGAGGUUGUGGACGAGAUCUACUUCAAGGUGACUCAUGCCGAACCGUGGGAGAAAGGCAGCAGGAAAACGGCGGGUCAGACUGGCAUGUGUGGAGGGGUCCGUGGUGUUGGAACUGGUGGCAUAGUCUCCACUGCCUUCUGCCUGCUGUACAAACUGUUCACGCUGAAGCUGACUCGUAAGCAGGUGAUGGGACUCAUCACACAUACUGACUCUCCCUACAUCAGAGCCCUAGGCUUCAUGUAUAUAAGAUACACACAGCCUCCCACAGACCUUGUGGAUUGGUUUGACCCGUUCCUUGAUGAUGAGGAGGAGCUGGACGUGAAAGCCGGGGGAGGUUGCGUCAUGACGAUCGGCGAAAUGCUGCGUUCCUUCCUCACCAAGCUAGAAUGGUUCUCCACCCUUUUCCCACGCAUCCCUGUGCCUGUUCAGAAGGCGAUUGACCAGCAGAUGAAGAGCCGACCCAGGAAAGCUCCUGAGAAUGAAGGCCACCAGGACACUGCACAGGAAACAACAUGGCAGCCUGAGCGCCGGCGCUCCAGGAGUCCCAGGAGGACCCCGAGUCCUCGGAGGUCACCUAAUAGAUCACGGAGUCAGAGCCGUCACCGAGACAGACGUGGCGCCAGCUUUGACCGUGAGCUGGACAGGGAGCGAGACCGACAACGGAAGGAGAGGGAAGGCAAGGACAAGGAUCGGGACCGUGCAGAAAGAGAUCAAGACCGUGACCGGAGGGAGAGGGUGGACAAGGACCGGCGGCGCUCUCGAAGCCUUGACCGGCCCUUGGAUCGGCAGCGAAGCCGGAGCAAAGACCGCAAGCGAAGCCGUAGUGGCAGCCGCGAUCGGAAGAUUGACCGUAAAGAUCGAGAGCGGGAGGUGGAGAACGACCGAGCCAGGAGGAAGGACAGGGCCAGCGAGAGAGAGAGAUCAAAAGAGAGACGGUCCAAAGGAGAGCCAGAAGACAGGAAGCAUGAUGAAAGGCACAGGGAGGAGCGCACAGUGAGGAAGCCUAGCCGGAGUAAGAGUAGGGAAAGAAAGGGCAGGAGUGAAAGGUCCCGCAAACGUAGCCAGAGCAGGGGUAGAAUAGACAGUGAGGACAAGGCCAAGAAAAGAGAGCACAGCCGGAGCAGAGAGCGAUCUCACAAGAGCAGCCGGAGCAGAGAACGGUCUAACAAGGGCAGCUGUAGCAGGGAGCAGUCUCACAAACGUAGCCGUAGCAGGGAGCGAUCUAACAAGGGUAGCCAGAGUAGGGAGAGGUCUAACAAGAGCAGCCGGAGCAGGGAGAGGUCUCACAAGAGCAGCCGGAGCAGGGAGAGGUCUAACAAGCGUAGCCGGAGCAAGGAGCGCACUCACCGCCGAGAACUAAGCAACACCAGUGACAGCAAGCACCGGAAUAGAAGUCCGAGUGCAGAACAGGUUGAUGGGAAGCAGGAUAGCAGAGAAAAAUCCACUUAAUUUAUCCGUCUGGUUUAAUUUGCUCAUGUAGUAUGUCAUUUGUUCCAGGAAAAAAAAAAUCUUGCACGGAUAUACACUGACGCUCCCCAUCCAGUCCUUGGUUGCUUAAGUAGAAUUCUCACAGUAGAGAUGAGCCUUUUUUCAUUAAUUCUAUUUUCUUUUCUAAAAAGCUAUGGAAAAUUUUGUAAAUAAACAUCUGAGAAUGUUUUAAAACUCUCUGGAAGGACCCCACAACAUGUUGAAAUGUACAAGACGCUAAGUUGACCGAUGUUGUGCUGUGUUUGGUUGAUUGCUUUGCCAUUUUUUAUAUAUAUAAUAAAAGACUUUUAAGAAAGGGGGCA